UCACUCACCAUGUGGAAAGCAACACUCUUGACUUUAGGCUUGUUGGUGGUGCUAGUAGACAGGGUCUGGUGUAAUGAGGGUCAGCCAUCCUUUUAUGGAGUGAAACUGUGUGGAAGAGAAUUCAUACGUGCUGUCAUCUUUACCUGUGGUGGUUCUCGCUGGAGGAGAAGCAUAGAAAACUCAGCUCUUAUUGGAGAGGAGCCCUUUGAUCCAUGGGACACAAAUGCCGUCUCUCAUCUGACCAGCGAGCUGGAUCCUGCAAAGUCCCAAGCAUGGAAAGAUCAGAUGUUGGAUGUGACAUCUGGGACUGCUGGAUUUAGUCGCUCAGCUAGCUCACCAUUAUCAAAGGAGGUGCUGGAAGCUCUACAGAGGGCAGAUAGAAAAGGACGGGACGUAGUAGUUGGACUGUCCAAUGCUUGCUGUAAGUGGGGCUGCAGCAAGAGCGAGAUCAGCUCUCUGUGCUGAGUCUGGUUGCUCCCGGUCCUGGAAACCUCUUCUCCUUUCUCACUACCCUCCAUUUCUUCAAAAGUAGAAUUUUUAAAGCUCCAGAUUAAUACAAAUGACUGCCAACAUGUUGAUCAUUGUUGUGUCUAAUGUGUACUUAAAAUGUGUUACUAUGAGAAAUCCUUUUGUUUAAUAAAGUUGUGUGUAAUUGUU